AUGUCUGACCCUCGCCGCUCUAUGCCCCUGACCUUCCUGCCCCUGGGACCCGUCACCUCCGAGUCCUUCCCAAAGUCGCAGCAAGCCAAGCAGGCCGGGGAGAUGCACAAGAGGCGAAGCUCCUCGCUCAGCAGCGACGGCAAGGGCUCCGCUCCCGGGUUCAAGGUCCUCAAGGUCGCACCCGUCCACUACGGUGAACAUGCGGGAGACCACCAGGACGACUGGCACAAUGCGGCUGCUCUCGUCGAGUGA